GCUCCAACAACUGCUUCCCCCCUCCCCUCCCCCCCCCCCCGGCAAAAGCCAGAGGCUCUCUCCUUGGGCGAAAAGGUACGCUCGAAACCCUAGAAACUCGCUUCCGCUCGGUUUGAUUCCGCGCUCCAAUGGCUUCCUGAAUCGAAUUGCGGCGAUACGUGUUGCUGUUAGGUGUCGGGUUUGUGGCUGGUGCAUGUGUUGCUCGUUGCUGUGGUAGCCGCCAUUGAUGCGCGAGCCUCUGGUGUUUGUUAGAUGGGUAAAGGAAGGCCUAGGGCCGUGGAGAAAGGGGUCUUGAGGCAGACCCCCGGCGCGUCGCCGUCGCUGAAUGUGCUGCCCGGGCCGGUAUUCUGCCCGACCGAGGAGGAGUUUAGCGAUCCGUUGGAGUAUAUUGAUAAGAUCAGGCCGGAGGCGGAGCCGUAUGGGGUUUGUAAGAUCGUGCCGCCCAAGAGUUGGAAGCCGCCGUUCGCGCUAGACUUGGAUAAGUUCACGUUCCCGACGAAGACCCAGGCCAUUCAUCAGCUGCAGGCCCGGCCGGCCGCAUGCGACUCGGAGACGUUCGAGCUGGAGUACAGUAGGUUCUUGGAGGAGCAUUGUGGGAAGAAGUCGAAGAAGAGGGCGAGGGUGGUUUUCGAAGGGGCGGAUUUGGACCUGUGUAGGCUGUUCAAUGCUGUGAAGCGGUUCGGCGGGUAUGAUAAAGUCGUGAAGGAUAAGAAAUGGGGUGAUGUCUUCCGGUUCGUGAGGUCGGUGGGAAAGGUCUCCGAGUGUGCAAAGCAUGUGUUGUGUCAGUUUUAUCGCAAGCAUUUAUAUGAUUAUGAGGGUUAUUAUAAUCGUUUAAAUAGGAAGAAAGCCAAGAUUUGCAAGAGGAGAAUCCAGCCAGGGGGAAAGAGUGAAAAUGGGCCGGAGUGCUCGAGUUCAAAAAGGAGGCGGAGGAAUGAAGGUGCUGGGAAGGUUCAGCUUCGCCAGAUGAAGGAUGAGGUGGCGGAGGAACGGUACGAUCAGAUUUGUGAACAGUGCGAUAGUGGUUUGCAUGGAGAAGUGAUGCUUUUAUGCGAUAGAUGCAAUAAGGGUUGGCACAUUUACUGUCUUUCCCCGCCAUUGGAGCAGAUUCCACCAGGGAACUGGUAUUGCUUGGACUGCUCGAGUUCUAAUGAAGAUAAUUUUGGUUUUGUUCCGGGGAAGAAAUUUUCUAUGGAAGAUUUCAAGCGCAUUGCUGAUCGGGCCAAGAAGAAGUGGUUUGGGUCUGGCUCUGUUUCAAGGGUUCAAGUGGAGAAAAAGUUCUGGGAAAUUGUAGAGGGAUCAGUGGGUAAGGUCGAGGUGAUGUACGGUAGUGAUUUGGACACUUCUGUAUAUGGGAGUGGCUUCCCACGUGUAAAUGACGAGAGACCUGAUUCAGUUGAGUCCAAGGUAUGGGAUGAAUAUCGUGCUAGCCCAUGGAAUCUUAAUAACUUGCCCAAGUUGAAAGGCUCUAUGCUUCAUGCUGUUCGUAAUAGCAUUGCUGGUGUAAUGGUGCCCUGGCUGUAUGUUGGCAUGCUGUUCUCAUCCUUUUGCUGGCAUUUUGAAGAUCACUGCUUUUACUCAAUGAACUAUCUCCAUUGGGGAGAACCAAAAUGUUGGUACAGCGUUCCUGGUAGUGAAUCCCGUGCUUUUGAGAAGGUGAUGAGAGAGACUCUUCCUGACCUCUUUGAUGCUCAACCUGACCUUCUCUUUCAGCUUGUUACAAUGCUGAAUCCCUCCGUGCUGCAAGAAAAUGGCGUUCCAGUUUACAGUAUUCUCCAGGAGCCUGGCAACUUUGUAAUCACCUUCCCUAGAUCGUUCCAUGGUGGUUUCAAUUUUGGUCUAAAUUGUGCCGAGGCUGUAAAUUUUGCUCCUGCUGACUGGAUUCCGCAUGGUGGAUACAGUUCUGAGCUGUAUCGACUCUAUCGGAAACCUGCUGUCUUGUCUCACGAGGAGCUUCUUUGUGUUGUUGCCAAGAGUAAUUAUGAUAGAAAAGCGUCACCUUUUCUGAGGAAAGAAUUACUUAGAAUUUAUACAGAGGAGAAAGGUUGGAGGGAGCGACUCUGGAAAAAUGGCAUUGUAAAAUCAUCUCCAAUGCCACCACGGACACGUCCUGAAUGCGUGGGGACUGAGGAGGAUCCUAUGUGCAUUAUAUGUCAGCAAUAUCUUUAUCUUUCUGCAGUUGUUUGUGAUUGUAGGCCAUCUGCCUUUGUUUGUCUUGAGCACUGGCAACACAUCUGUGAAUGCAAACCCAGCAAACAUCGCCUCCUUUACCGUCAUACAUUAGCAGAGUUCAGUGACUUGCUGCUCACUGUCGAUAAAUACAAUGGUAAGGAGACUCAAAGGAGUAAGGUGCUUCAGCAAAGAUCUUGCUCCAGUGAAACAAGUGCUUUAGCGAAAAAGGUAAAAGGUGGCCAUGCUUCUUUGACUGAUCUUGCAGCGCAAUGGCUGUUGCAGUCAACCAGUGCUCUUAAAAGUCCUUUCUCUAAGGAUAUUUAUCGAAAACUGUUGAAAGAAGCCGAACAAUUUCUUUGGGCUGGUUCUGAAAUGGAUCCUGUACGUACCAUGGCAAAGAAGUUAGUCGAAGCGCAGAGGUGGGCAGAAGGUGUAAGAAGUUGUCUCGCAAAAAUUGAAAAACAUUCUUUGGGCUCUAGUAAUGCUGUGAAGAGGGCAGAUUUAGAAUAUGUCACUGAAUUGUUGAGUUUUGAUACCAUGCCCUGUAACGAGCCUGGACAUCUUAAAUUGAAGGAGUAUGCUGAAGAGGCAAAGAAGUUGGCCGGAGAGAUUGAAUCUACUCUUUCGUCGUCUUCAAAAAUAUUGGAGUUGGAAAACCUUUAUGAUAGAAGCUGUCGCUUAGGAAUCCUUGUCGAAGGAAAUGAGAAACUGGCGCAGAAAAUUUCUUCGAUGAAGGAGUGGAUUAAUCGUGUUCGAAUCUGCCUCUCGGAGAAAUGCACUGCUGCAAUUGAGAUUGACUCCCUAUAUAAGCUGAAAUCAGAGAUUAUGGAACUUCAAGUAUUGCUUCCGGAGACUGAAAUGCUACUGGAGCUAUUAGAAAAAACAGAAGCGUACCGAGAUCGAUGUGCUAAAAUUCUGAAAGGUCCCAUAUGUUUAGAGGGUAUUGAAUUGAUUCUUCAAGAAAUGGACAGUUUCACUGUCAAUUUCCCAGAGUUCGAGCUUCUAAGGCAAUAUCAUAUGCAAGCUAGUUCUUGGAUAUCCCGCUUAAACAGUGUCCAGGUGAACAUUCAUGAAAGAGUUGAUCAAGACAAUGUUGUAGAGGAGUUGACCAACAUACUAAAAGAUGCAGCAUCUCUGAAAAUUCGAGUUAGAGAAUUGCCUCCUAUUGAGCUUGAGUUGAAGAAGGCUUGUUGCAGGGCAAAGGCUCUACAGGCCCGUUCAGAUAAAAUGACCUUGAACUUUCUUCAGCAACUAUUGAUUGAAGCUGUCGGACUACAGAUUGCAGGCGAAAACUUGUUUGUAUAUAUUUCUGGGAUUGUUGAUGCUGCUACACUUUGGGAAGAAAGUGCAGUGCAGAUUCUAGCUCGUGAGGCUCAGCUGCCUGAAUAUGAGGAAAUUUUGAGGAGUUCGGAGGAAAUUCGUGUGAUUUUACCUUCUCUACCUCAGAUCAUCUCGACAAUCACAGUGUCUAAGUCUUGGUUGAAGAAUUCGGAACCAUUUUUGGGGUCUGCUCACAUGAAUAGAGGUUCUUCAAGUUUGUUGCUUGAAGUCGAUAAAUUAAAGGAGUUAGUUUCAGAAUCCAAACUACUUAAGAUAUCCCUGGAAGAGAAAAGAACACUUGAAACAAUGUUGGAGAAUUGCUUCCGAUGGGAGCACGAAGCUUGCUCCUUGCUGCAACAUGCAGACUACCUGUUUGAUUUUAGAAAUGUUGAUGAUGGAAAGCGGGAUAGUUUAACAUCAAAAAUUGAAGGCCUACUACUUUCGCUGGAUGCCACGAUCAAAGAUGGGCUCUCUCUUGGUUUUGACUUCAGUGAAACAAAAAAACUUCAAAAUGCACACUCGGCAUUGCAGUGGUGCAUUAAGGUCCUCCAGUUUAGCGCCAUAUCCCCAUCCGUUGAGGAAAUUGAGAGAUUGAUGGAGUUUGAGGAGCAAAUUCAUGUUACAUGUCCAUCUGGUGCUUUCUUAGGCAUGCUAAUUGAUGCGGUGAAGUGGAUGAAGAAAGCAUCAAAAGUGAUUCAUGCUCCAUCCAACUAUGAAAAGUACAGUUUAAGUGAUGCUGAAGAAACUCUUGCGGAAUGUCAGAUGAUCCCUCUUUCAUUUCCGGCGUUGGCUAGUCAACUUGCACAAACAAUUCAAGAUCAUAGGUUGUGGCAGGAAAAAGUAGAUCGAUUUUUAAGUUUGGAAAUUGGUCAACGUUCAUGGUCUCAACUAUUGCAGCUUAAGGAGAUGGCAAUGGCAGCUGCCUUCAACUGUCCUGAAAGGGAUAUUGUCUCGUUAGAGGUUGAAAAAGUUAACAAUUGGAGGCAACACUUCAAGGAGGCUGUGGGGAUAUCAAUUGGAGAUUCAACUUCCCUUGUUGAGGCCAUAAUGAAGAUCAAAAGUACUCUAGACAGGUCUUUGCAUUUACAUGACCAAUCAAGAGGCUGCAGAAUGGAAAAUCUAUGCAUGUGCUGCUCUGGUGAUUUGGAGGGCCAUGAAUUCCUGACUUGUUCAACAUGCAAGGACUGCUAUCAUCUGCAUUGCCUGGGACCGGCAGUUUUGGAUAGAAGUAUUUGUCAGAUGUCCAAAUGCAAUUUCUGUGAAUUUGUAGAGAGGGGUUUCGAUUUUAAAAAUAGUCAGAGUCAUUUGAGGUGUCAAGGAGAACGUCCCCAGUUAGAUAUACUGAGCAAACUUUUUGCAGAUGUUGAAGAUCUUUGUGUGUGGAUUGAAGAAAGAGAUCCAUUACAAAAACUUCUAGAGUGUGCUCUUGCAUGCAAAGUUUGUUUGAUGGAAAUUAUAGAUUCUGUGUCGGCUCCUUUGGGUGAAGAUCUCGGCAUUGUCGCUGGAAAACUGGCCACUGCUAUGAAGGCCAUAGAAGUGGCUGGUUUACAUGAUCGUGAAGGUAAUUUCAGCCUGGACCUUGCAUUGGAAAUACAUUCAUGGAGAGUUAGAGCCAGAAACUUAUUUCAGGGUUUGGAGAAGCCAACAGUCCAGCAGAUACAGAAUUUACUGAAAGAGGGACUUGUUGAAAACAUACCAAUUGAGGACUACUACCGGCAAAAACUGAUAGAAACGAAGGACAUCUGCUUACAGUGGGCUAAGAAUGCGAAGAAGGUUGCCGCUGAUUCUGGGGCUCUUGGCUUGGAUAAGGUUUUUGAAGUCAUCAUGCAGGGAGAAAACUUGCCUGUCUGUUUUGAGAAGGAACUAAAGCUUUUAAGAUCUCGCAGUAUGCUUUACUGCAUAUGUCGAAAGCCCUAUGGUCGAAGGCCAAUGAUUGCCUGUGAUCAAUGUGAUGAGUGGUACCACUUUGACUGUGUAAAAUUAUGUUCUCCACCAGACUUCUACAUCUGCCCUGCUUGUGAGCCUCAGACAGAGAAGUUCUUAGAAACAAAGCCCUCGCAUCAUGAAAUAUUGACAAGCACCAGAGUAAUGGAGCCUAAAACACCCUCCCCCCGGCACGCGUCGAAAAAUUGUGAAUCCAGUGUCGUGAAGAAUCCUUCAUCCCUUAAAAACCCGAAAGAAUCUUUGUGUCCCUAUGGGAUUGAACAGUUGUGGUGGCAUAGUCGGAAGCCUUUCCGAAGAACAGCUAGAAAACGCGUUAAACUGGACGGGCUCUGCUCUUAUUUUAACCUGCAGCAGUAACAUGAAAUUAGAUAGUCAUCAUCAAUCAUUUGAUUCAUUGGUUGAUUCUUA